AUGACCGGCAUUGCCCUAUCGCAAAUUGACCCUGAGGUAUUUGAACGGGCGGCCAAAGCCAUUCGCGAAAUCAAUGAUAGCAAAGAUUCAUCGAAGGCUUAUGAGCUGGCUCUGGAGGUCGAAAGACGAAAAGCUGCUGAUGCGGUGACUGAGAAAGCUAAACACAAACGAGACGAAGCUAAACUGCUGAAGGAAAGGCAGGCGACAGAGCUGGCCCAAGCUAAAUUGGAGUUUGAGCAGGAAAGAAAGAGAGUUGAAAUCCAACUGCGACGGCAACAAGAACUGGAAAGGUUCAAAGCGCAAUUGGAUUUAGAGAAAGCGCGACAGAUAACCACCGAAAUGAAAAAGCAAACGCGGGUGCGGCAGGAGGAAGAAAGGAGAAAAUUGGCGGACGAAAUUUUAGCAGAACGUCAGAAGGCCGAAAUCAGGCGUCAUAAUGAGCAACAGAUUCUGAAGGAUCGUCAGAGUAAUAUUAAGAAGGAGCUCGAGUUACAAACAAUUCUAGCCAAAGCCAAGGCGGCGGCAGAAGGGGAUGCUGAGAUUAAGAAAAUUCGCGCUACGAAAGACAUUCGAUUUGAGGAGCUGUCUCUCAAAGCAAAGUUAGUUGCUAGUACAUCGCUGGAACUAGGCCAAGCUCUUGGGUCAAAGAUAGGGAAGACAGUAGGCAAAUUAAUCAACCUGUCCAGCGCAACGCUUAAGGACAGCCAGCAGCUGAGACGGCUUGGAUAUUGCCUUUUCGCAACUGUGAUGAUUACCAAAGGAACCACGACGUCGAUCCGAAUUCUUGAGCAUGCGGCCGAACGUAGCCUCUUCGAAAAUCAUCUGCUCGUCCGACGAAGGCUGAAUGCAUCUCCGCAGAUCGCCCCGACAAUUAUGAAGUCGGCGAUGCGUCAGUUGAUCCAACAGCAACAGCAGUCCCCCUGGGGCAUGAACAUAUUAUUGUACGGACCACCAGGGACCGGCAAGACGACGUUUGCUAAACAUCUGGCAUUAUGUUGUGGAAGAGACGUUCGUUUGACCAGUGGGGGAGGACUGGUGGCUGGUGGACAGAAUGGAGUGAAGGAGUUGGAGAAGCUGUUGUCCUGGGCGCAACGCAGGAAGGCAGUGUUAUUCAUUGAUGAAGCGGACGCGUUUCUUCAAGAUCAGCAGGUGUCUGAUGCUUCUGGCGGUAUGCAGAACUCUGAACAGUUACGGGGGACCUUGAGCAUGUUUUUGGAACGUACGGGAGACUCAGACCAAAGGUUUCUGGUUGUGCUUGCUACCAAUCGCCCGGAACUCCUUCCAAAAGCUAUUCAAGACCGAGUUGAUGUCCGAAUUCCAUUUGUUCUACCGGAUGCCGAGGAGCGUGCUAAAAUCCUCCACUUCUAUCUGCAUAAAUACCUGGCGGAAUUACAGGCGUGGCAGCGAAAACAAAUACCCACCGAUAAUAGAUUUGGCUUCAGCUGGCGCUUGCCCAAAUUGGUAUUUCCGCAAACCAUUACUCAAAAUCUCCCCAAUGCAAUUCCUGUUACCAAUUCUACUAAUGAAGGAAGGAGUGUGAUGGGUGAUGCACCCAAAAAUCAGGGUCCGGGAGAGAUAUUCCGGAUGGAUAUAAACAAGUUGGUGUCUCAGACUGAGGGAUGGUCCGGGCGUCAGAUUGAGAAGUUUUGUCGGAAUUAUUGGUUGUCAUUUUUUAGUUCAGCGAAGGGGGAAGUGGAUGACUGCUCAUUCGAUAAGACGGUGGAUGAAGACUCCUUUGAGAGGGAAUUUGAUACGACAGAUGGCAAGAUGUUUGGUCUAGUGAGCACAUUGUAG